CAAGGUAGUGGUAUUGGUGCAUCUCAAGCCUCAUGCAGAUAGCCACAAACAUAGCAUUUUUUGAAAGAGCAUGUAUUUUUUUAUUAGACAUGCUGCCAAACUAUGUGGGAUCCCAAUCCGAUCAGUAGAAAGGCCUCAAGAUACUCUAACAGCAAAAGUUGUCCUUAAAACUUCAAGCGAUGCAGCUUAUCUUGCUCUUUUGAACUUGGUGAAUUCUAAGUUGGAUGAGUUUAUGGCACUUACAGAAAAUAUCAACUGGACUUCAGAAGAAAUUUCCGAACGUAAUAGCGAGUAUAUGAAUGAGGUGGUUAUUUACGUUGACACCAUUUUGUCAACGGCACAGCAAAUUUUGCCUUUGGAUGCACUGUACACGGUUGGAAGUGGGGCUCUUGAGUACAUUUAUAAUUCUAUUGUGUCAGCAUUUCUUAGUGAUAGUGUCAAGAGGUUCAAUGCAAAUGUAGUCAUGGCUCUAAACAAUGAUCCACAGAUGCCAGAGAAUUUUGCUGAUGAGAGAUUUCACAGCACUGACUUGAGCGAGAUAUACAAGGAUGGUAGUUUUAGAAGCUACUUGAUAGAAGCUCGACAACUAAUAAACCUUUUGUCCAGCAGUCAACCAGAGAACUUCAUGAAUCCUGUGAUUAGGGAGAGGAAUUACAAUGCUUUGGAUUACAAGAGGGUUGCUGCUAUCUGUGAAAAAUUCGAAGAUCCUGCAGACGGGAUCUUUGGGAGCCUUUCAAGCAGAAACACGAAGCAAAGUUCUAGAAAGAAAUCAAUGGACAUGCUGAAGAAAAGGUUGAAAGAAUUCAACUGAGAAGGAUUCUAUGGCCAAAAACAGAGAAAAAAGACUCAGAAGGAUUCAACAUUUUCUCUACGUUAGAAGUAGUUGUGCCUAAUUUCAUAUAGAUAUGUCUUCUUUCUUUUCCAUAUUUUUAUUGAUGUUCAGAAUGACAAGGAUUGGUUUGCUUUGAUGUUAAUAAAGUUCUUUAUUUUUC